AUGAAUAUGUGUGUGCGUGUUGGGCAUGCUGUGCGUGUUGGGCAUGCUGUGCGUGUUGGGCAUGCUGUGCGUGUUGGGCAUGCUGUGCGUGUUGGGCAUGCUGUGCGUGUUGGGCAUGCUGUGCGUGUUGGGCAUGCUGUGCGUGUUGGGCAUGCUGUGCGUGUUGGGCAUGCUGUGCGUGUUGGGCAUGCUGUGCGUGUUGGGCAUGCUGUGCGUGUUGGGCAUGCUGUGCGUGUUGGGCAUGCUGUGCGUGUUGGGCAUGCUGUGCGUGUUGGGCAUGCUGUGCGUGUUGGGCAUGCUGUGCGUGUUGGGCAUGCUGUGCGUGUUGGGCAUGCUGUGAGUGUUGGGCAUGCUGUGCGUGUUAGGCAUGCUGUGCGUGUUGGGCAUGCUGUGCGUGUUGGGCAUGCUGUGCGUGUUGGGCAUGCUGUGCGUGUUGGGCAUGCUGUGCGUGUUGGGCAUGCUGUGCGUGUUGGGCAUGCUGUGCGUGUUGGGCAUGCUGUGCGUGUUGGGCAUGCUGUGCGUGUUGGGCAUGCUGUGCGUGUUGGGCAUGCUGUGCGUGUUGGGCAUGCUGUGCGUGUCGGGCAUGCUGUGCGUGUCGGGCAUGCUGUGCGUGUCGGGCAUGCUGUGCGUGUCGGGCAUGCUGUGUGUGUUGGGCAUGCUGUGCGUGUUGGGCAUGCUGUGCGUGUUGGGCAUGCUGUGCGUGUUGGGCAUGCUGUGCGUGUCGGGCAUGCUGUGCGUGUCGGGCAUGCUGUGCGUGUUGGGCAUGCUGUGCGUGUUGGGCAUGCUGUGCGUGUUGGGCAUGCUGUGCGUGUUGGUCACGUGCAUCCCGCAGCCUGCUGGACUUCAACUGGUUCUACGGCAGUUGCCGUAACGGCACCUCCAUCCUUCUCUCAUCCAUCCGUCCCUCCCCCACCCACUUUUGCCCCUUUCCCUCGUGGCAGCGGCCUGUCCUACAACUACCUCACAUACCGCGUGCCUCCACUGGCAGCGGGGCUCAAGGACAUCGAUGUGGGCUUUAACUUCCUCUCGGGCUCCUUCCCGGCCAACUCCGCCACAUCAUGCGGCGCCAACAACAACUGCUUACUCGCCGCCACCACGUGCGCCACCAAGGGCACGGCGCAGCGGGCGACCGGGUGCAGCUUCUGCCUCUCCGACACGGCGCAGGGCAUGCUGUGCUAUGGCCGUGGCAUCUGCACCGUUGACGCCACCGCUCCCUUCGCCGCCGGGACGCCCAACGCUGUCGGGGCCACCACGCUGCCGCUGGCUUGCAUUGGUGAGUGUGGGGGGGGUGCACAAGGGGGACAGGGCGGUGCUGCCAUUGGAGUGGCGGUGGAGGGUGGUUGCACCUACAGCGCCCCACUGCUCUGCUUCGUCACCAAGCCAGCAGCCCCCCCUUCUGCCUCUACCUUCCCCCCCCUGCUGCUCCUACUGCAGCGGCGGUUUCUGCCCGGCGCCUCAUGCGCCCUGCCCGCCCGCGCCCGCCUCACCAGAUCGUACACCUCGCCCCCCCUCCCUUCCCUGCCCUCUCCCUACUACGGGGUGGCGGGCUUCUGGCCGCCGUGUGAAGGCUUGAGCAGGGACCACCGUGGGUGGGGAAGGCGUUGGAGGAAGGGUGGGGGGGAAGGUGUGAGGUUCCAGGAGGCGGUUGACAAGCGGGGUGAGGUUGAAGGGGAUGGCUGA